CCGCUCCUCUCCCGCCGUCGCGGCCGUGUUGUGUUUCAGGGAGCCUCUGACUCAACAUGACCUUCAAGCAAGCGUCCAUGAUGGCCCCGGAGGCCACGACCACCACAGUGGCCAUGGCCACGAUGGAGAAUUCCACGGAGGCCGCAGGGUCAGGUGAGAGCAAGGAGGACAUGUUCACCAAGCUGAGAGACAAGUUCAUGAAUGAGCUCAACAAGAUUCCUUUGCCACCCUGGGCCCUCAUUGCCAUUGCUGUGGUAGCUGGACUCCUCAUCCUCACCUGCUGCUUCUGCAUCUGCAAGAAGUGCUGCUGCAAGAAGAAGAAGAACAAGAAGGAGAAGGGCAAAGGCAUGAAGAAUGCCAUGAACAUGAAGGACAUGAAGUCAGGCAACCAGGACCAACAGGAUGAUGAUGAUGCUGAGACGGGUCUGACAGAAGGGGAAGGGGAGGAGGAGGAGAAGGAACCAGAGAACCUGGGCAAGCUGCAGUUCUCACUGGACUACGAUUUCCAGGCAAACCAGCUGUCAGUGGGGAUCCUCCAAGCUGCUGAACUGCCAGCUUUGGACAUGGGUGGCACUUCAGACCCCUAUGUCAAGGUGUUCCUGCUCCCAGACAAGAAGAAAAAGUAUGAGACCAAAGUCCAGAAGAAAACACUCAACCCUGCCUUCAACGAGACCUUCACCUUCAAGGUGCCCUACCAGGAGCUGGGUGGGAAGACUCUGGUGAUGGCCAUCUAUGACUUCGAUCGUUUCUCCAAGCACGACAUCAUUGGAGAGGUGAAGGUGCCCAUGAACACUGUGGACCUGGGACAGCCCAUCGAGGAGUGGCGGGACCUGCAGAGUGGCGAGAAGGAGGAGCCAGAGAAGCUCGGAGAUAUCUGCAUCUCCCUGCGGUACGUGCCCACAGCUGGGAAGCUCACUGUCUGCAUCCUGGAGGCCAAGAACCUGAAGAAGAUGGAUGUUGGGGGUCUCUCAGAUCCCUAUGUGAAGAUUCAUCUGCUGCAGAAUGGCAAAAGGUUGAAGAAGAAGAAGACCACAGUCAAGAAGAAGACCCUGAACCCCUACUUCAAUGAGUCCUUCAGCUUUGAGAUCCCCUUUGAGCAGAUACAGAAAGUGCAGGUGGUCAUCACGGUGCUGGACUACGACAAGCUGGGGAAGAAUGAAGCCAUUGGGAAGAUCUUCACGGGCUGCAACUCCACAGGCACGGAGCUGAGGCACUGGUCUGACAUGCUGGCCAACCCCCGGCGGCCCAUAGCCCAGUGGCAUUCCCUGAAGCCAGAGGAAGAAGUAGAUGCAGCUCUUGGGAAAAACAAAUAGGAAGCAGUGCCGGGCAGCACGGCCCCACGGACAGUCAGAGCGACCCAGAGCUACUGAUACCUCAGUUCUGCAACCUUUGGUUUUGGUUCUUCUGUUCCGUUUUAAGCUGAAAUACCCUUUGAUGGCUGUGGAAGGGUUUUAGACAGUCCCAAUAGCUUCCAGGGGAAGAGGCUCAAGACAAGGAUGGUUCUUUUCGUUCUCCAGCAUCGCUCCCUUCUGCUGCAUGUCCCAUCCCCUCCACCCACCAUCCCUUCCACGUGCAAAAUC